AUGGAUAAAAGGAAAGAAAGUUUAUUUGGGACGCAAAUGUGUCGGUUUUGUUUAACGCAAACAACGCCUUUGAAAAGUUUAUUUGAAAGAAAUCGUUCAAAUAACGAGAGUACAUCUAUGAAAUUUAAGGUUUUAGCGUGUCUGUCUUAUGAGGUCUUUCCUGCUGAUAAAAUGCCUCCUUACAUUUGUGAACGGUGCAAGUUUUUUAUGAAUACAUUUUAUGAGUUCAAAAAAAUUUGUAGACAAUCUGAAGAGUAUGUUCUCAAAUUUGUUCGAAAUGGAACACCUUUUGAACCUAUGUCUUGGCCAAAAGCUCUUGCAAAGGUAUAUGAUAGUGCUAAGGAUGUUGUGAAAACCAUUGUUGAAGGAGGCACAGCCAUCGAAGUGACCUCUCUAGAUACUUCAGAAAGUGAAGAUGAGGAAGCUAAUAUUUAUAAUAUCAAGUUAGGUGAUGAUGAAGAAGGCAAAACAACUCAGAUCAAAGUGGUCACAUCUAAUGAUCUAGAUGAGAAAAAGAAAUUUAAAAAAGAUGAGUCAAUAGAGGACACAGAGUUGAGCCCAGGGAAUAAGAAUUGUUGGCCUUGUGAUGACUGUCAUCGUACAUACCCUCUGGAACAGCUGCUAACUUUACAUAAAAUACGACACCACGAUAGACAGAAGAGCAUAGAGUGCGACUUGUGUGACUCGAAAUUCUUUACAAAAUCAGAUUUAAAUAUACACCAAUUGCGUCAUUCGGAUGAAACUCCCUUUGAAUGUGUCGCUUGUGGCUUGAAAUUUAAGAGGCUCAUACUGCUGAAACGACAUGAAAGGAUAGUCCAUGCGGAUCUGCCCCAACACAGUUGUCCAAACUGUCCAGCUACAUUUCUUUCUGAGGACGAAUUAAUGUUGCACCAACAAAAACAUGCAAAGAAGAAGGAUAGUAUUUAUGUAUGCAAAACAUGUGAUAAGUCAUUCACAGUGAAAGCGACCCUUCUCAGACAUAUAGCUGUUCUGCAUGAAAGGGAACCGGAGUACAAAUGCGAGUAUUGUCCUGAGCGUUUUGGUUCCAUGCAGAAGCUCUCCCGCCAUCUGAAAACCCACGUGGGUGAGCGACCCUAUCCUUGCAAGUUCUGUGACAAAGCCUUCGUUAAAUCUCAACACUACACUAGACACUUGCGUGUAAAACAUCGGGAGGAAGUGCGCGGCACGAUGAACACCAGCCAGACGGACGGCGAAGCUGAGUCGUACAGAUGCGAACAGUGCGAGGAGACGUUCUCUACUCAGGACGAGCUCAUCUUCCACUCGGCGAUACACGCCACUCAGAACCUCACCUGCCCGCUGUGCCAGGAGAAAUUCGACAACGUCGAUGAAGUCACUACGCACAUCAAAUCCCAUGUAAAUGGUGUGGAGUUUAUGUGUGAAUUUUGCGAACUCGUGUUCACUACUAAGGAGAAGUACGAAAACCACAUAAUGUACGCACACGAAGAAGAAAUCAACAAUGACUUGGGAGAAGGCGAGUCAUCAAUGGAAGCUGAAGGCGAAGACGAGGAUGAUAAUGGCAUACAAGUUAAGGAAGUUGGAGGUGACAUGGUAAUUGAAAUAAAUAAAUCCCAAGUUGAUAAUUUAAUGGCGCCGCAAGAUGCUGAUUACGAGUAUGAAGAUAAACUAGACGACAGUUGUGGUCAAGAUGAUGAAGUCUCUGCUGCUGCAGAACCAAGUGCGGUUACUUCGCUUACCGCUGUUGAAAUGGCGACAUUGAAGCCGGUGUUAACGUCCAGGCCACAGCCAGAGAAGAAGUCACAUAUUACUGUGCUGUCACAACAUGUGCUGCCCCCAACCUCUGGCAAUAUAUUGGUGAAACAAGUGAAGGUAGCCAAACAAGCGAAUGUUAUCAAAAAUGAUAAUUCUGAGUCGGACAUCAUAAGACGUAAGAGCGAAGAAGUCAAACGCAAAAUAGAGCCAGUGGUUGAAGCUGAACCAAACAAAAAAGAAAAAAUUACCAAAGUAGAAACGAGUAAUACUGUAGGUUACAGCGAUAAGUCUCUGCGCCUUCUUGAAAAGGAGCUGCAAGAUCUGAAACGGACAAACAGUCGUUCCGAUGUUCCAAAAACGAUGUCUUCAAAAAGCGACAAUAUUCCCAAAAACAAGCGCCCUCAAUAUUUCGCCCCAACGUCAAAAAUUAGGUCAAUCGACGAGAAAAGACCAAUAACGUACAAGUCACUAUCGGUGGAUAAAAAACAAGAGCGACGUGUCACGAAGGAGAAUAAGGAGCCACAGAAGGAGGGGAAGAACGAUGAGAGCAUUCGAGAAGAGGAGAAGAAAGACAAAGAAGCACUGAAGAACGUAGUGAAGAACGGUGCAAGUGAAAAAGGCAACGACGAAGGUAUUCGUCGGUCGACGCGUCCGUCUCGCGUCAAGGACUACGCUAAAAUGGUCCGCGAUCACUCGAAGGACGACUCCGAUGGCGACGAGUAUUCGGAUACGGAAGAAGAAGAGGAAUAUAAAGAGAUUCCUUCGGAGACGCGGAAGCGGCGACCCAGUUUUAAACCAAAAACUCCAACAGUCGUUGCGCCUACGUCGACAAGUCCAGCGAUUACGCCUACACCCAGAAAGAGGGGGCGACCACGCAAGGACGCCCACAAAGAAGUACCGGAGAAAGUGAAAAAAGAAGAGAAUAUAAGUAGCCAAACGGCAAGUCAAGAUCCUGAAGAGAAAUCUGAUACUGGAAGGAAGAGUGAAAAAAUUCCACCAUCAACUGUUUCGACACCAAUUAAAUCUGAAUCUACUACAAGUGAUACGAAAUCACCGAGUGAUUUAUCCCAAUCUCCUACGAGGCGGGUUCAAACGUUAAAGAAGGUUCAAAUCAAGGGGUUGCCACCUGGAGUCAAACCGUUGCCUUUACCAGUACAGGCGAGAUCUCCAGCUGAAAGGUGUGAAAUGCAGAUUGGCAAGAAACUUGUGAAAGUCCAAAAAAUCGUUGUGACCAAAGCUGACAUGGAAGCAAUGGCCAAGCAAGGUCUACUUGAGUUGAAGGAUGGCACCAUGGUCUUGAGGCCCGGUGUGAAAUUGCCCACACAACCCAGCGCACUAAUCAAAGAUGACAGUGUGGAAGCGUCUAAAAAAGAAAAACCAACUCCAACAAGGUGUGACAUUGGAGCCGAUUAA